UACAUAUUUACCAUUCAAACUUCGACUUCCAUCGUCAUCUUCCUUCAACUUCACCAAAUCCAAAACCGAGUUGCUCUCUGGCGGGUUUACUAUACGAUUCAUUAGGCAUGACCAAGAUAAAUCAUAUGCCAUUUAUUUCUUGUGAUUGGGGCUAGUUUUCGCUUUGUACGCUGGUAACCGCCAACUACAUAUAUCUACUUCGAACAUUUCAGUCGUACAACAUGAGCCACCAGUUUUCAUCAACUUUUGAUGCCCUCCAGGCUCAUUUCACCCAAAAACCAAGUACAUCGCAGCCGGAUGACACUGUACCUUCCAGUCAGCCUCAGAAUCCCAGUUCUGGCCAAAGUAAUGGAGAUUCAACUCAUGGUCCCGAAAAUCUCAACUCAGACAACAACCAUGUGUCUAAACCUGCACGAACUUUGCUCCCAGGGCCACCUAGUCGUGUUUCUGUCCCUGGGCCAGAAUAUCCACCAGUUCAGCCAAACCCACCUUUGUAUCCUCAAUUCGGUUCAAUUGUCGAGCCACCAAAAAUGCCCCAAACCUCAGGUUCAAACAUUCCAGGUCUUGAUGUUAUGAGGGAAUGGAACUGCCGUCCCAUCCUGGAAGGACCACCCACAGAACCUGUUCCGAACUACAUCUCUACAAAACCCCCCGUACCAGCUUUCACAAUGAAAACACCCCAUGGCGAAACGACUCGUCCACAGUCGCAGCUUCCUACGGGCAGCCAGCAAAGCCCGCGGGCUGGUGAGUUACCUCAAGUAGAGAUGUCAGAGAUUGAGGAGAGCGAAGAAGAAGGUGAAGAUGAGUCAGGAGAGGAAGAAGAGGAAGAGGAAGAGGACGAAGAGGAAGGAGAACCCAUGGACACUACGACAGAUGCGCUUCUAGAACGACAAAAUGAGUUGAACAAAGAAAAUCCCUUGCCGCCCCUGCCUCCGAUGCGUGGAUUCGCUAGAAAGUACUUUAUGGGCGAUGAUAAACCUCGCCUCUCUGUCCGAGAGCCCCGUGGGGGCCGAGGUGCAAGAAAGCGUGGCCCUCGCCGAGCUGCUGAACCCACUGGCGACAUUAAGUAUCGUCUCAAUUUGGCAUCAAACGCCUACAUGGAUGGACGCCUCGACGAAGCUAUUGAAUACGUAGAAGAUGCUAUACGUAUCAAUGGUGAGACUCAUCGUGCCUGGGUCCUGCUAGCUUCAUUCCUUCAAGAGAAGGGCGACACGAAAAAAUAUUAUAUCGCAAAAAUUGUUGCAGCCACUUUGCAGCCAAAAGAUAUUGAUGGUUGGCUCCAGUGCGCAGAGAUAUGCAUUGAACUUAGGGAUGAGUUUCCAGACGAGGCAGAAGCCAAGCUCGGUGAAGCCUUGUUUUUCUAUUCAACCGCCCUGAGGGUUGAUCCCACGAACAAGCCGGCGCGCCACGGGAGAGCCGCCUUGCGACUUGAGCUUGGACAUCUCUUAAGCGCAGCUAAGGAUUAUGUGUUCCUACUUGAUAACUGUGCUUUCGACAUAUACGCCUUGCGAAGCUUCGCAGAAGUAUGCGUUCUGCUUGCGGAUACUGGAAAGUCUCAACUCAAGGAUAGGCCCAAGGAGGCAAUAAGUGCAUACUCCAAAUGUAUCACACAUUUUCGAGAGAAUGGCUUUGACCUUCAGUACCCGUUUGAUUGGGAAGACGUUAAAAUUGUUGUCGAGCUCCUCGUGUACAUCGAACAGUUCAAAGAUGCCAUCCACGAGCUACGGUCACUAUCAAGAUGGCUUUUGACCCGUUCCGAUGAGCAGUUCUGGGACAACUUUGACGAUGAUCGAGAAUGGGAUGUUGAAAGCACCCGAAGGCUUGAGACUGAGGAGUAUCAACACGAAAAAUACCCAGAUUCAUCGUAUGGUAUGAGCCUUCCGCUGGAACUGAGAACGAAACUUGCCAUUUGCCGUCUCAAACUUGAGCAAAAAGAUGAAGCCAUGUGUCACCUGGGCUUUAUUGACCCAGAGAAUUCAAAUGUGCCUGAACUGCUCUCCGAAUAUCCACACCUAGUACUGGAAGGAGCUUCAGCAUUGUACGAGACGGGCCAUUUGUCAAUGGCUCUGCGGUACUAUGAACCACUCCAAGCCGCCGACCUCCUUGAUACCGAAGCUUUGGUUCGGCAAGGCCGGUGUUAUUUGGAUGCAGGCGACCAGAGACAGGCCGAAGAAUGUUUCACAGCGGCUAUUGACCAGGAUGAAACAAACAGCGAGGCUUGUAUUGAUGCACGCUAUGAAUUAGCAAAGAUGUACGAGGCUGUCAGGGAAGAAAGAGAAGCCUUCAUCCUCGUAAAUGAAGCUAUCAAAUUACAGGAAGCUCGUCAACAAGCUCGCGAGGAGCGAGAAGACAACGAUGAAGAUUUGGAAGAUGACGAUGAAAACGCGACAUUGCCCAUGACAUUACUAGGGGACGAAGCUAAAGGGAAGAUGGGAGAAAAGAAGCUGAAGCAAGCCAAACCCAAGCGGCUACCUAAAACCAAAGCUGAAAAACCGAAACAGAAGCCAAAGGAACGAAAACCCAAGUUGGAAUCGAACGCAGCAAGGCGACGGCACAAAGUGUUUGCUCGGGCUGAAGAAUUGCAAUUGGAAGAAAAGAGAAGGUCAGAGGAACUGGCCGAAGCAUGGCAGGUUGUGCGUGAUUCUCGGGUUUCAUCUGAAGCUGAUGCUAAGGGGCCUUCUAACGCAUUCAUGUUCGCUGCCCGAGAACUCGUCGAUGACUUCAGGUCAUACAAGGACCUGUACCCCUGGGAAAAGUACCUGGCGAAUCUUGGUAUCCACCAAGCUCGUGAGAAGGCCGAGGCUCAUAAGGAGAACUCCAACCUGUUGGCAAUGGCAGAUCGUUUAUCACACAACCUAAAUCCAGACGAUCCCAACUCAGAAAGACAGCUAAAACAGGUAGCUGUUAGUUAUAGGGGCGUUCCUUUUGAUGAGUGGUUGGAUCUCCUUCUCGAGUACGCCAUCGGUCUCGCGCAGACCGGAAAGUUUCAAGAUGCGUACAAAGUGUGCGAAUCAGCGCGUGAUGCUACAGUAUACUCCAAGUCCAAGGAAGACAUGUUCCUAAUACACGUGACGUGGGCCGCAUGUGCAUUACGUGGCAGAGACGAGGAAACAUGUGUUGCCUCGGCUCGUUGGCUUAUGAGGGAGUAUCAGUUUGAUACAGAUCCAUACCGCAUGUUCUCUGCUAUAUCUAGAUUAUGCCCGUCCCCGGCAUCGUGGUAUGCUUCUGGUCCUGUCCAGAAGUAUAUGCUACGACAGAUCAAGCUCAUGGAUCGCGCCAUAACGAAGGCAGGAGAGACGGAGGAUAGCGGUGACGAUGAUGGACCGCCCAGUGGCCGAGUUUAUCCGAGUAAGGAAUUGGACAUCACGUUGCUGAUGCUCUAUGGGCAUAUUCUAUUCAUAUCGAAUAGCUUUACGUACGCAUUAAACUAUUUUAUGAGAGCAUAUUCUCUUGAUCCCUCCAACCCUCUAGUCAUACUGAGUGUUGGUCAUUGUUAUAUUCACUACGCACUUAAGAGGCAAUCCGAGAAUCGACAAUAUCUUCUCACUCAAGGAUUCUACUUCCUACAUGAGUACUACAACAUAAAAUCUGCCUCGCCGAGCGCAGCGCAGAGACAAGAAGCACACUACAACAUGGCGCGCAGCUACCAUGCCGUCGGCAUUCCUCAUCUUGCCGCCGACUACUAUCGACGCGCUCUUCGCGAAGUUCCCGAUGAUUCAGACAACGGCAUUAUGGGGAGGAAUGACUUGACUCAGGAGGCUGCGUAUAAUCUGCAGCAAAUAUGCUGGGCUGGCGGGGAUAUGGAUGCUGUGAAGGAUAUUACGGAUCAGUAUCUCGUUCUAUAGGUUCGGUGUAGAAGGCCAUGUCAUGAUGCUAUUGAUGGCAUGACAUGUAUGUACCUACCUAGGUUGGGUAUGUAGGUAACAUGCUAUCGAUACGUUGAAUACAUGACCUGGGAUGAUCCAUGCUACUAAAAUUAAAAGGAGUCUUGGGCUAAGAUAGUGGUGGAUGCUGUGGAAGUUUAUCUGCAUACUAAGUGCAUGUACUGCCAUGUAGGUCGGAAGCUUCAUGUGCCUGCCGUGCCUAGUGCAUCCCUAACCCUAACAAUAACCCCUUUCGCACAACAUGAUCAAGAACGAUCAUAAAUGUAGAAAUAAAAGUGUCACAUUAGGUAGGUAAACAAUCAACCGACUAAGUUAGCCGUCACUAGGAAGAGGAAGAGGAAGAGGAAGAGGAAGAGGAAGAGGAA